AUGGCUGACUUUUUAGUUAAAUAUAAAAUAAUGUUUAAUUCACGAGAUUUUAGCGGUAAAGUAGUGUUAAUCACGGGCUCGAGCGGUGGUAUCGGCGCCACCACUGCCGUAGAGUUUGCCCGAAACGGCGCACAAGUGGUCAUCACUGGACGUAAUGCCGACAAACUGUCAGAUGUGGCCAAAGACUGUCUUAAGAUAUCGCCCAAAGGCCUGAAACCUCUGGAAGUGGUCGGAGAUGUCAGCAAAGAUGAUGACUGCAAACGACUGAUUGACACCACUAUUAAAACCUAUGGCAAACUCGAUGUGUUGGUCAACAACGCCGGGUUUGGUAAGGGAUCAGUCAUUACGGACUCCGCACUUAUGGACAAAUACAAGGAUAUAAUGGACACAAACCUGCGUUCAGUCGUCUACUUAACUCAUCUAUCGGUUGAACACUUAAAGAAAACUAAAGGCAAUAUCAUAAACAUGUCGAGCAUAGCUGGACUGAAGCCAUUUAGCGGUUUUUCCGUAUACUGUAUGUCGAAAUGCGCCCUGGACAUGUUUACCAAAUGUCUGGCACUAGAGCUAGGUCCUAAAGGCAUCAGGGUAAACGCAAUCAAUCCGGGUCACGUGAAAACCCAAUUCCUGAAAGUAGUCGGCUAUUCAAAGAGCCAAUCGGAUGCCAGGUAUGAAGAGUUGGCGUCAAAGUACCCGUUGUCUCGCGUGGGAGAGUCCAUAGACAUCGCGAACGCCGUACUAUUCCUGGCCUCAGACGAGGCCUCGUUUGUGACGGGUAUUAACUUCUCGUCCGACGGCGGCGCCCGUAGGCGUAACAUAAUUAAUUAA